CUAUUCUAGUAAUUUCCCCACUAGAAGGAGCUAGGUUCCGCUGCCUUUUAAGUCUAGGUUUUCACUAUCAUCACUCUCACUCAUCGUUUUGUGGUUUCCUGUGGAGAAGAGCAGCAGAUACUCAACAACUUGCAGGCUCUAUUUUCUCAUCGCCAUCAGAAAGAGUGCUUUGAGGAAUGCUGGAUUGAUUGGUCCCAAAUACAAAGAAGAUGAGCAAGAAGAACCCAUUUGUAUACUUGGAUGUGUCUAUAGAUGGAGAUCCUGUUGAAAGGAUGGUUUUUGAGCUAUUCUCAGACACUGUUCCCAAGACUGCUGAGAACUUCCGGGCACUUUGUACUGGAGAAAAAGGGAAUAGUCAGAAAACCGGGAAACCCCUACACUACAAAGGAUCCUUCUUUCAUCGCAUAAUCAAAGGAUCCAUGGCUCAGGGUGGGGAUUUUUAUAAACGUGAUGGAAGUUAUGGAGAAAGCAUAUAUGGAGGGAAGUUUCCAGAUGAAUCCUCCAAACUGAAACAUGAUGCUCCUGGCCUUCUAACAAUGGCAAUUGCUGAUCGUGAUUCACGUGGCUCUUUAUUUAAUGUGACAUUUGGCGCUAAUCGCCACCUGGAUAGGAAGUAUGUUAUUUUUGGAAAGCUUGUUCAAGGACUUGAUGUAUUGAAGAAGAUAGAAAAUGUGGGUGAUGAAGAUGGAAUGCCAACUGUGACAGUGAAGAUCAUUUAUUGUGGGGAAGUAAACGAGAGUGAGAAUCAAAGCUCUGAUAAGAAGGCAGCCAGCAAGUUGAAAAGUGGGAAAGAUGUUUCUUCAGAGGUUCACAGCCAUGAAGUGAAGCGGAAGGGAAAGCACAAGAAAUCUUCAAAAGAUAAAAGGAAGAAAAGAAAAAGAUAUUCUUCAUCUGAUUCAGACAGUUCAUCUGACAUGGAAUCUGACUCAUCUGAUUCGGAUAGUGAUUCCGACUCUGAUGAUUCAUCCUCGUCAUCAUCUGAUGUCAGCUCUUCAAGUGAUGACAGGCGUAAGAGAAAAAAGAGAUCCAGAAAGGAUCGACACAAACGUGGAAAAAGAAAGGACAAAAAACGCGAGAAGAAGCGUAGGAGACGCGAUAAGAAAUCCAAACGUAAAUCAAAGAGGGUGUCUGGUAGCGGAAGUGAGAGUUCAAGUGAAAGCGAACAUGCGUCUGAGGACAAUAAUGGUGAUGUCAAAAAGCGAAACCGGAAACAUAAUAAUAGUAAUAAUAAAUCUCCUACAGCUGAAUUUGAAGAUGGUAAAACAGGAGAUGCAUUUGCAUUUGAUGGACAUGUAAAGGAGGAAGAAGGUGAAUACCCGAAAGAAAAUGGUGGGGACCGCCCAAGCAAUGGUGUUGACCUGGCGAAGGCUGAUAUAGUCGAUGACCAUCUCGGAAACUCUAGAAGUAGAAGCAAAAGUCCUCCUCGAAGGGAAUUGAGCAAGAGUAUGAGUAUUAGCCCAAGGAGGAGUCAAAGUGUUAGUGGGACCCCUCCUAGACGGGCCCCAUCACGUAGCCCGGUCAGAAGCGAAAGCAGCAGCAAGAGUCCGGUUAGAAGCAUAAGCAGAAGUCCAGUGAGGGGCAAAAACGUCAGAAGCAUAACUCCCUCACCAUCACCUCCACGAAGGAGUGUUUCUAGAAGCCCACUGCGAACAUCGUCUAGAAAAUCCUCACGAAAAUCAGUAAGCAGAAGUCCGGUUAGAUCUUCCAGAAGAAGCUACAGCAGAAGCCCAGUCAGAUCAUCUAAAAGAAGCUUGAGCAGAAGCUCUGGUAGACCGCCUUUAAGAAGAAGCCCUAGCAGGAGUCCGGUCAGACCGCCUAUGAGGGGUGGUCGCCGGAGCUAUUCCAGGAGUCCGGUAGGUGGGCGUAGGGCGGCUAGGUCACCGGAGAGAAGCUUGUCUAGAAGCGCUUCACCUGAUGGCUCUCCCAAACGUAUCAGAAGAGGACGCGGUUUCAGUAACCGAUUUUCUUACGCACGCCGAUACCAUUCUCCCGAUCGCUCCCCGGUCAGAUCUUAUCGCUAUAGAAGUGACCGCGACCGUGACCGUGACCGUUAUUCAAGCUAUAGAAGGCGCAGCCCACUGAGAGACAGAAGUCCACCAAGGUACAGAGGGAGAAGAAGCAGGACACGGAGUCCGAGUGUGUCCCGGAGUCCUGUCCCUGUGCGGUACCGCCGGCGCUACAGUCGGAGCCGGUCGCCGGUGGAGACAUCAAGGUACAGGCCAUCACCGCCAGUGGAGAGGAGGAGGGCGCCACGCAGCAGGACCCCGCAUUCUCAAAGUAGGAGCCCGUAUGAACGUAGGUCCUCUCCAUCACCAUCUCCGAGAAGGAGCGUGAAGUCAAAGUCAAAGUCAAAAUCGCCAUCGAGAUCAAGGUCAAUGUCGAGGUCAAGAUCUAGGUCGUCUUCUGGAAGCCCACCUGGGAAGAAAGGACUGGUGUCGUAUGGAGAUGGUUCUCCAGACAGUCAGAAGUGAGAAGAGAAGAGAAAGAUCUUACUUUUGAGGGUGAAAUGAUUUAUAGACUUGGUAAUUGGUACACUAUGUAGGGUGGGUGUGUUUUGAAUAAUUUGACUAUUUCUCUUGUAUUUCUUUCUUCUUCUGUGGAGUGACUGUUGAGGUGCUGCUAGACUAGUAACGAUGAUUGGAUAUGUGUUUGUUUUUAAGAGGUUGGUUAGACUGAGGGGAAUGGGACCGAGUAUCAAUUAUGUUAUGUUUUAAAAAGCCUCUUCUGUUUUUA